GGAGGAGGAGGAGGGAGCAGGCAGGGAUCACCGCCCAGGCGGCCGCUCAUGUUGACGGUGGCCUGCCAGGUGACACCCGCCACCGCCUCCACUUCCACCUGCACCUGUACCAGCGCUACUCCCGCUGGUGCUGCAGCUCCCGCUCCUCCCGCCCCUGCUGCUGCCGUGGCCGUGGCCGCAUGCACCCAGGAGAGCGGGGUGCAGUGCGAGUUAGGGCCCGUCACGGUGGUCAAGGAGGUACCUGUGGAGGUCAGGGUGGAGGUACCCGCCCCCGCCCCCGCUCCCCCUCCCGCCUCCGACCCCUGCAGCUCUGCAGCAGCUGCCACCGCAACCGCGGGCGCGCUUCUUGAGCUGAUCGAGGCGCUGCGCGAGCACAGCUCCGACAUCGCGCAUGACAUGAAGAACCCGCUGAAUGGGGUGCUGGCGCUGAGUCAGAAUGUACUGCAGGGUACCUUUGGCGAGCUGCCCUCCGCCGCCGGCGACCAGCUGGGAGUGGUGCGCAGCUGCGCCUACCACCUGCUCAACAUGAUCAACCAGCUGCGCGACUGCCUGCGCAUGCUGCACGGGGGGGAGCCGGAGGUGAACUGCGGGCGGGUGCAGCUGGCCAACGCGAUCGAGGAGGUUCUACGCCGCAUGUCCCCCAUGGUCGGCUCCCGACUCACCAUCCGCGCCGAGCACGACCCCUCCCUGCUGGUCCAUGCGGACGACGCGCGGCUGUACCAGAGCGUGCACACGGUGCUUGCGAACGCCUUCAAGUACACACGCAAGGGGGGCGUGACCAUUGAGACGGCGACGGCUGGGGAUGGGAGCUCGGUCACGUUGAGGGUGGUGGAUACGGGAUCCGGAUUCAGCUCGGAUCAGCUGGACAAGUUCAACAGCCCCCUCACCGGUAGCCCCACCGAGCAGCUGGGGCUGGGGCUGACCAUGGUGAAGCGAACCAUGGCGCUGUUCGGGGGCGUGUUGAGGCUGGGGAACAAGGGGGGAGCAGGGGGGGGAGGGGGAGGAGGGGGCACUGGGGCGUGGGUGGAGCUCACGUUUAGGACCAAGGAGGAUGUGCCGCCGCUGGGAGCGGGGCUGCCGCCGCCGCUGCAGGGGCCGCUGCUGCAGCCGGCGGCGUUGGCGGCGCAAACUGCGGUGGCGGCGGCGGCCGCUGCCGCGGCCGUACAGCCGCCGCCUUCGACGGUGCCAGCAGCAGCGGCGUCGGCGGCGGCUUCCGCCGCCGCGGCUCCCGCCUCUUCUACUGGCGGUGAAGUGGCAGGUGCUGCUGCUGCUGCUGCUGCUGUGCCUCGCAAGGCCCGUAAGAGUGUCGCUGGCGGAGGCGGAGGCGGCGGUGGCGGUGGCGGAGGCGGUCCUGCCAGCACGGAUAACACCGAGCGGUUGACGACGGCUAACAGCUCCAACGAAGCCGCAGGAAGCGGAGGGGGAGGGGGAAGCGGACCUGACAGCAGGAAGGGGAAUCGUACGACAGGAGGAGGGGCAGGAGCAGGAGGACGUGGCGGCGGUUCAGCUGUUCCUCGCAGCAGCAACACGGCUACGGCUGGGGGAGCGGUGGGGGGCGGUGGAGGUGGAGGCGGCGGUUACGGAGCUGGGGAGGAGGGCGGCGUGCGGGGGGCGGAGGAGUCGGUGCGGGUGCUGAUUGUGGAUGAUGAUCCCAUCAACCUGACCAUUCUGGAGGACCUUCUUGCCAACGAGGGCUACGAGGUGAUGACGGCGGCCAGCGGCACGGAGGCGCUGGAGACCUACCUCACCUCCGACCCGCAACCCAAACUGGUGCUGCUGGACGUGACGCUGCCAGACAUGUCGGGGCAUGAGGUGUGCCUCAAGAUGCGCUCCCUGACCCCGGGUGUGCCGCCACCCAUCAUCAUGAUCAGCGGCAAGGCCAGCACCAAGGAUGUCAUCAAGGGGCUGCAGGCCGGCGCCUGCGACUACAUCACCAAGCCCUUCCAGCCGCCCGAGGUGAUUGCGCGGGUGGAGACGCAACUGCGCAUGUUCAUGGGCGAGGUGGCGCAGCUGCAGGAGGCGGCGGAGAGGAACAUGGCGCUGCUCAGACAGAUCCUGCCCCCACACAUCCUGGCCUCCCUGCGCGGGGGCACCCGGGUGGUGGUGGAGAAGUUCGCAGAGGUGGCGGUGCUGUGCGUGGACGUGGUGGGUUUCUCCGCCCUGGCCGCCGCUGCCGACACCGCCGACUGCAUCCUCACUCUCAACCGCCUCUUCUCCACCUUUGAUGCGCUCACAGACAGGAUGGGCGUGCACAAGAUGGACUGCCAUACCGACUCCUACGUGGCGGCUCUGGGGCACAUGCCGCAGGACCGCCACCUCAGCAGCGUCAUGCAGGUCAAACUGAUGUUGGAUCUGGGUCGGCAGAUGCUGGCGGCAGUUGAGAGCCUGCCGUACCCCGACACGCUGGGCAAGAUGCAGAUCCGCAUCGGGCUGCAUGUGGGGGCGGUGUACGGCGGUGUGAUCGGGGUCAAAUACCCGCGGUACAGCCUGUUUGGGGCGACGUUGAGGCUGGCGCAGGGGCUGCAGUCCACCGCCCUGCCCAACACCAUCCAUGUGACCGAGGUGGUGUACAACAGGGUACGGCAGGCGGGAGGGGAGGUCUUCACGCCGUACACAACGACCCAAGUGCAGAGCCUGGGUAUCAUCCGAACCUACCUAGCUGGCCCUGCCGCUGUCGAUUCCGCCACCACCACUGCCACCGGGAGCGAGACCGGCAUGCUGGACUAUUCCCAGCUCGAAAACGCUGUCGUCGUGGAGUAUCUACGUAACGCAGGACCCGCCGCCGGCACACAUGGCGUAACCGUCCUCAACUGCCUUCUCAACGCUGACGGCGGCGGUGGUGGCGGCGGCGGAGGUGCGGCAGCCGCCUCCGCCUCGUUGCUCAGCAGCGGCGCCGCUGCUGCCGCCGCCGCUGGCGGCGGCAGCACUCUGGGUUUAAUGGGUGUCGGCAGCAUGCUUGCGACCCGUGGGUCACGGGCCGGAAAGCUCCUAACCGGUAUCAAUGCUGGAGGCGUCGCAGUUGGUACGGCAACGGCGGUUGCGCCGCCGCUGCCGAUAGGAGCAACAGCGGCUGCAUUACCGCCGCCGCCGCCGCCGGUGGCAGCGCCAGCUGCCGCUGCAAGAGGAGGAGGAGCAGGAGACGGCGGCGGUGCUGGGUCCCGGGGGGCCUCGGCAGCGGGUGCGGCUGCGGCGCCUCUGGGAUCUCCGUACAAGAUCAUUCCCAUCAUGGGGGGGCGGCAUCACUCAGCGAAUGGCACCGUAGGCAGUGGUACGGGCGACGGAGCGGGGGGAGCUGCGAGCAGCAGGGAAAGCGAAGCUUCCGGAUACGCAAUCACGCUCACCAAUGUGACCCAAGAUGUGGCGGCGAUGGGGGCUAGUGAGGCGGCGCUCGCUGCGGUGGAGGUCGGCUCAUUCGUUUCCACCGACUCAAGCCAAGCCAACGCCGCUGCCUCCGGAACAGUUGCAGCCCAGCAGCAGCCGCGGCAGCCGCCACCGCUACAGCAGCAACAACAACAACAGCAGCAGCAGUUGCAGUCACAACUACCCCCAACGACCAUAACCGGCACCGCCGCCGCCUCGACAAUCUCUGGCAGCAGCGGCCGCCGCCACACGAGCGACGCCUCCCUCGUGCAAGACCUCUCUCCGGCUCCGCCCGCUUCAGGUCUGAUGACGUCAGCAUCCUCCUCCGGUCUGACCCGCAUGCAGCGAUUGCAUGCUCCAGCAGGCGGCGGCGGCGCCGCCACCGUCGCGGCGGCCUCUUCCUCACGAGGUCCCUCGCGAGCGGGCUCAUUCCGCGCUGGCGGCGGCGUCGGUGCAUCACCUUUGGCGGCGACGGUUAUGCAGCAACAGCUGCUAACUGCCAUGCAACAGCACCAAGCGGCGGAAGUGCAGCAGGCGCGGGAGCAGUUUGCGGCGGUUGCGGCGGCGGUUGGCUCAACGGCUACGACGGAGGAGUUCAGAGGCCUGACGUUGACGGAGGAGAUUGAGCAGCUAUCCAUGCUGGAUGCUUCGGAGGCGGGAGCGAUGGUACGGCAGGGGCCGGAGCACCAACACUCACCCAGCGUAUCGACCUCGGAACCCCUGCUGAAGGUCUCGGACCCCGCCGUCGUUGGGGAUUAUGGUGACGAUUUCAGUUGCGGCGGCGCCGGCGGCAGGAGCAGCGGCGGCGGCGCCGGCGGCAUCAACUCCGUCACGAUGCGUCGUUUGUACGCGCCGUCGAAGGCGGCGUCGUACAGCACCCUUCCCGCCGGAGGCUGCGGCGCCGGCAGCGCCGCCGCCAGGGGCGGCAUCGGCGGCGGCGGGUUCCUGACGGCGGCGUCGGCCGCUAGCGUCGCCGCCAGCGGCAGCGGUCCUGCGUCAAUCAGCUCACUUUGCUCAACGCCGCAAUUCUAUUCGCCAGGGCACAUUCGAUCCGAUUCUUUGGAUGCACCCUCGGCAACCGCCACCGCCGCCGCCACCUCGAUGGCCGCUACCGCGCCCGCCACCACGCCUGCAAUGAUGGUUGCGAGCGGCAACCCCUACGCAGGGCUGUCGGAUGAGACGCGAGCUCGCCUGGCGCGACUCCGAGCUGCCUCGCAACCGGACCUGUACGACACCACAUCCGCCGCCGCCGUCGGAGCGUCGACGGCGGCAGCGGCCGCCUCCGCUGGCGGCGCCGCUGUCGCCCGUGAGGCCAUCGCCAUUGCCGUACCUGUAUCGGCGGACUCAUUCUAUCCAACGACGGCGGCGCCGCCGCCGCCGCCAGUGUCGCCCUUGCCGUACGGCGUGGGGUCUCGCGCCUCCGCUGAGCCCUUCUCGCCGCUGCAACGCCAGCCGCCGUCGCCACUGGCAAUGUCGCAACAGCAGCGGCCGCAGCCUCGUCCGGAGACGGUUGGUGAGCUGUUAAAUUCGUUGGGUUUGGGUCAUUACGCGCGCACGAUUAGCGGCGUGGUGGUUGGCGGUUUGGACGAGUUAGCCGCCUUGGAUGAUUGCGGGCUUAGAAAGGUUGGAUUGGUUAGCUCUAGGAGUCGGCAGCUGGUGCAAGACGAGCUCCGGAGGUGGGGUUAUAAGAAGUAAGAAGAUGGCACUGAGGGGCAAGGGAGCAGCGACAGGAGAGGGAGGAGUUGGUGCGAGUAGUUUUGAGGGAGCGCGUACCUCACGUGCCACGGGCCUCGGGUGGAGGUGAGGCGGGUGGGUGCGUGAGAUGCAGGAGGACCACGUGUGCGGAUUGCAUGGAAGGAAGGCGGGUGGGAAAGCGGCUAGAAGAGGAGAGGAGGGAGCUGGGCAGAGUCGAAAUAGAAGGGAGCAAGUCGACCACCAGUGGGUCCAGUUUGCGGCGAGGUGAACGCUGAUGAGGGCUUGAGCCGUGAGGGAGGGAGAAGGGAAGAGUGUUAGGCUGGAAUAUCUGCCUUUGAUAUUAAGUGGUGUAUUUUAUUCAAGUGUCGUGCGUUGAAUGGCUUGCGGUGUACAGGGUGGUCGGUGGGACCACACCACCUGUUAGGGACCUGCAAACGUGGGAUGUUGGACGGAGAAGGAGGGCGGUCGAAGAGGGAAAGUGGUAGAGGAGGAGAUGAAGGGGAAGGGCGGAAACGGGUUGUGGUUGUGGUUGGUUAGAAAUGGUCCACUGGUGGCGAUGGCUUGGGUGGGUGGGAGGGAGCUUGAGUUGAUUGACUUAGAUUAUCGCUUUUUCCUUUGUAAGGCGAUAAACUGUAAUAUACAGGCGAAGAAGUGUGUUUGGGAAUCAAAGCAGAGGAGGGUACGCUUGCGUUGUAGCGCGCGUGCAAAGGUGCGUGAGACGCGGGUAGGCUUCCGUGUGUUCCGGUGUGUCUUUCGUGCUGAGUGCGGGAAGGAUGUUGAGCUGCUGCUGUUAUCGAACAUGCAAAAGGUCCUUCUAAUCUUUUGGCUUUGGUGGGAGGAUUCAGCCAAAUGACUCGGGGCAAGCACUUGGGUGGGUUCGGUGGGGCUAGGCGCAUUCGCUUCAUGAGCCCAUAAUACGCUGCGGGAGGAAGGGUGGGGCUGUCGCCGAACAUAAUAACAUUCCAGCACUGCUCCCUACUCUCAUCGUAUGCUGUACUUUUGGCGCGUGUGUGUUAGACAAGUAAUAAAACAGGAAUUAGAGGGAAGCGGCAACAGAGGCUGAGAGUUGUGAGGAGGAGUUGGGAGGGAAGUGUCAGAAAGGGGUGUGUGGGGGGCGUGUCGUUUGCUGAGUUAACAGAAGCUUGGGGAACUGUUAGAUUGAGGGAAAUUAGAGAUCAAGCGACCCGGUUGGGGCGCAAAUUGCUGAAACCCAACUCCUGAGGCAUGCUCGGAGGUAGGUUCACUUGGUGGUCUGGCGGUGUUGAGUUCCUCCUGUUCCUGUAACCAUAAGGGAAAUGGUACCAUCGAGAUAUGCGGAGCGCCAUGAAAAGGGGGCCGUAACGUUAUCCUACGGGGUAGGUGGGAAGGUAUUUACAUCACGGCUGUUGCUGUCUUGCUUUACGCUAGCUUUUAGCUUGCACAUUUGCUGUCAGUUUUAACUGACCGGUACUAAACACACGCCUGGCCAAUGUCAGUUUUGCAGAGCUCCCUCCCUCCCCACCCCACCCCAUGGCAUGUAAAGAUCAUGGGCGUGGAUGGGGUGGUGUGGGGGGGCGUGGAUGGAGUGGUGUACGGCACAAUUGUAACGAACCUACAAUGUA